UUUCUCUCGUCAUUUGUUUUUUUCAGUGCAGCUGGGGGUGUUGAUCACCGGUGACGUUUGACUUCUUAUUUCGCAAGAUAUUUGCAAUUUUUUGCAGUCGAUCCAGCCCUUUCAGUUGAUGCUGUGACUUUUCUUUGUGGAAAUAUGAGUAGCAGAGACGACGAAUACGACUACUUGUUUAAAGUGGUGCUAAUCGGAGACUCGGGCGUGGGAAAAAGUAACCUACUAUCAAGAUUUACGAGAAACGAAUUCAAUGUUUCGUCAAAAUCAACGAUUGGUGUGGAAUUCGCCACGAAAAGUAUCCAGGUUGAUGGAAAGACAAUAAAAGCCCAGAUUUGGGACACAGCUGGCCAGGAGAGGUAUCGGGCCAUCACUUCUGCAUAUUACAGAGGAGCCGUCGGUGCCCUGCUAGUUUACGACAUUGCUAAGCACCUUACUUACGAAAACGUGGAGAGAUGGCUGAGAGAACUGAGGGACCAUGCUGACCAGAACAUUGUCAUCAUGCUGGUUGGAAACAAAUCAGACUUGCGACACCUACGAGCCGUGCCUACUGACGAGGCUAGGGCGUUUGCAGAAAAGAACGGCCUCUCCUUCAUCGAAACUUCAGCCUUGGAUUCCACCAAUGUCGAAACCGCGUUCCAAAACAUUCUUACAGAGAUCUUCCGGAUUGUGUCCAUGAGGCAGGUUGACUCUGGGAUGGACAGGAGAGGACGCAAUCCGCACGACAUGAAACCAAUCCACGUUGAGGCCACGACCCAAGAAGAGUCUGGCUUCAAAAUGUCAUCCUGCUGUUCAUCGCAAUAACAUGCACCACACGCGCAGCAGUUGUCAAGUCAGCGCAUUUUUCUUCGAUUACGCUAAUUUGUACUCAUAUUUUUAUUUCUGCAUCCCAAAUUAUAUAAAAAAAAUAGCAAAUUCUGUCCAUAUUAUAUGAACCUCAAUUUCUGAAAUUGUAAUAUUUUCAUAAAUAGGCGUCGGUAUCAUCUACACAGGAGUAAUUUUAUUUUUAAUAUAUUCAGUUGAGAAUAGCUGUAAUGUAAUUAUAUAAUUAUAUGCGUCCCAUAAAUUUUCUUCUUCUUUGCGCUGAAGAUGUUUUCAAUAUUUUCUAACUUAAAAUAACAUUGUUAUUUCAGAGAUAUCACAAUGCUUAUGUAAAAUAGUGUUAUGUUAAUUUUUGGACGUCCAUAUCAGAUGAUUAGCUUCUGAGCACAUCAAAUUCGAAUUUCGCACAAUAAAUUUAAAUUGAAACACUAUAGAGACUCAAUACUUGUAUUUGAAAAAGAAGGAGCCUGCCUGCAUGUAAAUAUACACAUUUAAAUGGUGAUAGUAUUGCUUUAUAAUUUUUUAAUUGCAUAUUAUGUGAAAAAGCAUUUUACUGAUUUCAAUUUCUUGUUUAUAUCACAUUUCUGAAAUAAAUAAAUCAGGAUGUUAUUUCAAAUAGCUCUUCA